CCAGGAGUCUGGAGUCUGGAGUCUGGACUACGCUGCGGCCCCUUCAUACUUCUGAUUGAGGCGAAGAUAGCGGCUGACAAGUGAAGAGGUGGACGGCAGGGACUUCGGAACUUUUGACAUUAUUGUCGUGGCGGAAGCUUCUGUAGAAGGAAGGUCGUGAGCUGCCGAAAGCAGUAAAGGAGCGCGGGUAGAGCACAGGCAUCACUGGAAAAGCUUUUCCACUGCUCGUCUGAAACGCAGGUCGAUCUGCCGCAAAGAAUCUCAGACUUACGUACGCUUUUCACAUUGCUCUUUUGGGCGCUGCCCUCCAGAACUAGAGUGCUUUCUGCAGUAUCUUUUCCAAGGGUGUUGCAAGGAGGGCACAACAUGACGGGUAUCGAGAGGCUCUAUUCCAUGCAGAAUUUUGACGAGAAUGGCUCCCUCAUUGUCCACCACAGACCCCCCUACAAAGAGAUUCUCCUGGCCGUGGGCCUGUUAACACUGGGCGCAGCUGGCAUUGUGAUCGGGAUGGUGAUGAUCUACAAUAAAAUAGGGGGGGACCAUUUACACGGUAUUGUCUUCACCAUUCUGGGAGGGCUCCUCUUCUUGCCGGGAUUCUACGAAACGAGAAUAGCGUACUAUGCAUACAAAGGGUACAAGGGUUUCUCGUUUGCAAACAUACCAGCAGUGUGACCACCGCUGGUUGUUUCUUUGUACAUGUUGUAAAGCUGCUAGGUAAGAGAAACGGAUGCAUCCUGAGUCGGAUGCUUGUGUACGAUACUGACAAUAGACUGAGCAGUCGAAGUGUUACGAUUACUUGGAUGUCGUUGUGGACAUUACUUGCUUUUCAAAGAGCCCGAUUUGUAAGCUGGAUUCCUACGAGACAAGCUUAUACCUUGAUUUCUGAAUCGUCCCAUGUCGAGUGGAGUCACUGCCUUCUACUUGAGAAGGGUGGUUCACAUGGUGGUAAUCCUGCACCCUUUUCCAAAAGUCAGGUCGAUCAUGUGAACCUCCUUAGAAGUCGUCAUCACGUGCUGGCUGCACUUCUGUGUCCAUCCAAUUUGAGGAUCUGCUUGGAGUGGGCCCCGAUAGUGCAGCGACACGUACAUCGCUUUUGUUAAGUUC